AUGCGUAUAAAACCGAGAAUAUUACCGAACUUGAAUGAGAAGUUCUAUUUUUCUAAUGCUAAAAAUCGUGUAAUAAAAAUGCUUGGAAUGAACACAAAGUUUCGACAACCCAAAACAAAGAAGAAAUCCAAUAGACUUACUUAUCAGAUAACUUCAAGGUGGAAUAAGAAACGACACUUGCUGUUUCUAUUGGUGCAAAGCAAGAAUACUAUUUAUAACAAAGACAUUGAUAUGUUUCUUAUAAAAUCUGGUUGGGCAGUAAUACAGAUUGGAGAACAACGACUACAGCUUUCCUUCAGCAUCGAAGUAUCACACGGAGUUCUAUUAGCACUUUCGUGUAACGAGUGA